GCCGCUAUCGUCCAUUUUUUCUGACACGCGCAAUGAAGGCAGAGCCAUUUUGUUGGGAGAUCCGACGUGGCGGCUGGUUAGCCAGGCGUCUCGCGGUUCAACAUGAUUCUACGUACAGUGCUACCUCUAGUGGCGAUAACACUAUGCGUGCACUCGGUGAUCUCGGAGAUCUCAACAAAUUCGUAUCUGUCGGUAGCUGAUAGAACACGGUUGGAAAGUAUCCUCAGACAGGGAUUUCAGUUAGAAGAUGUGUCUACAGUAUACUACACCGUGCUUGGAUACAAGAUGCUCGUAUCCAAGCUGUACCAAGCUAAACCAGAAGUUAUGCCGCAAGCAGAUGCCAUCUGCAAUUAUUUAAUAAAGUCCAACGAGGAAAAUGUCACACUCGAAACAGCGUUUUACCUUGCCACCACGUGGAAGGCCAUCGGAGGCUGCGAAAAGUUUUCUCCGACUACUGUAGUGAAGAUACUGACAAACGUUGUUCAAAAGGAUACCUCCACGCUCUCCGAUCUGUAUUACGCGGUAAGCGGCCUAACGGCUCUGUCGCAGAAAGUGCCGGCUGCCAGGAUCGACAAGCUGGUGAAACUGAUACAAGCGACUCUGCGGAAGGAUGAUAGUCUGUGGAACUUGGCAUAUACCUUCCACAUCGCCGCGGACAUCGGUACUCCUGCUGCGUUCGCCUUCGAUCGCAUCGAGGAUGCUAUGGUACAAGCGGACGAAGUGGACAGCCAGUACUUGCAGUUUGAAGGCGGUCUUUCCAUCACAAGCUUUCUCGUCAACGGUAUCUUCAAGUUGUCGAAUUCACUGAAGAAGAAACCGCCACUGAACUUCCAACAGACGGUCAAGCUGAGCAACUAUCUUCUCUCACGGCGUUCGGUGCAGAGUGUAAAGGGCGCGGCGAACUUGCUGUCCGCUCUGGCUACCUUGGCGGUCGACAGUCACGAGAAACCCGUUUGCAUAGCUUUGGCCGACGGCGGUAUCAGUGUCUCCAGUCAGCAACCGCUAGUCACGGUCAAGGUGUGCGAUAUUCGCGGCGAGGCGCUGCCCAGUGUGCCGAAGGUUGUCGCAACCUCCGCCGCGAGAGUCGGAGACGACGCCGUUAUCCUGAGCAACGAGAAUCUGCAGCCGUCCGCGGACAAGACCCUGUUCACGAUGAACCUCAUGAAUGUGAAGCCCGAUCGCGGGUUCUACAAGAUAUCCAUCACCGCAGCUACCGUCACGAACACCAUCACCGUGAAGGUCCUGUCCGAGGCGACGCUCGACUACUUGGAGAUCGGUACGGGCGACGCCGAUCAAACUACUCAGCCGAAGCUCACGAGAGUGAACACGGAGUCGCCGUCGGGCAAGCUCGAGCAUAAAAUAGAGGCUGAUUCUCAGCAGAAGCUAGUCAUGCGGUUCCUGCUGCGCGAUUCCGCCAGCAAGAAGCCGAUGCGCGUGCAUCAGGCUUUCGUGCGUCUCACGUCCGUCGCUACGUCAGCCAACGACAAGCGGGGCCACGAGAUCUUCUUUGUCGCCGAGCCUGACGCCGCUCACGUCUACAAGUUCGACAUGCCGGUCGGGACAGCGGCCGCGAACUUCGGUUACCAGAGCGGCGACUACAACGUGGAGUUGAUCAUUGGCGACGCCGUGAUCAGCAAUCCGUUCAGAUUCAACGUCGGCACGGUGACUCUGAAGUUCCCGGAGAUCACGUCGACGGAAGCCGCCGACAAGGGUACCUCUUACAAGCAGAAGGCGAACGUGUACACCACGAAACCGGAGAUAAAGCACAUGUUCCGCGAGCCAGAACGCAGGCCCCCGGCGUUCGUGUCGAACUUGUUCAGCGGGCUGUGCCUGGCACCGGUUCUGCUGCUGCUCAUCCUAUGGGCUCGGCUUGGUAUCAACAUCUCAAACUUCCCUCUGUCCCUUAGUGCAAUCAUGUUCCAUCUUGGAUUGGGAGGUAUCUUCGUGCUAUUCGGUAUCUUCUGGCUGAAGCUCGACAUGUUCAUCACGCUGCGGUACCUCCUCGGUUUCGGCGUGGUUACAUUCCUCGCGGGCAACAAGAUGCUGUCGCAGAUAGCGCACAGGCACAAGUCGCUGCGCUGAUUUCGCCGGUUUGCACGGAUCCGCGCGCGGACUCUGCAAACAUGCAACAGACACAAGACUGCCAUCAAUAAUAAUUACAAGUGGCCGAUCAAAAAUUAUCGAGGCGACAAGAGAAACACCGUUGCAUUGUCCUGUCAGAGAAUGCUGAGAAAAAUCUUUACAUUUAUAUUUAGAACAGAUAAUUCUAUUAUUUCACGUUUAUGUAAAAUUAUGUAAAAUUUUCUUAUAUAGGUAUAAUAAGAAAAAAUUGUCACGAUAAAUGUUGUGAUUGUUAUCUACGUGCUGACGUGGAUGAUCGGUAACAACGUACGCAUCUUACGUUAGGAAGGAAAGGUCGUGGCAGAUGUAACUCGUUCGUCACGCGGAUGAGGGUGAUUAAAUUAUUUUAUACACUA